UCGCCUCGGUGAUCCAGUUUCCACGGAUCUUUCGGAAGCGCUCGGGUUUCUUCGGACUUCCUCGGUUUGAAGCUUCGCAGUUGUGGAGACAGGUGUGGCACGCGCAGCCCCGCGCGCCCAUGAACGAGCUUUAGCCUGAAUCUGGUUCUCAGCAGCAGAAGCCGGCUGUGAUGGCGGUGCUGCUCUGGUUCUGACGUGGAUCGGGCCCGAACCUCACCAUGAAGCUGCUCGUCGCGCUCGCGCUCGUGUUCGGAGGAGGAUGGAGCGGAACUCCGAGCGUGCAGAUCGGUGGUUUGUUUCCCCGGGGGGCUGAUCAGGAGUACAGUGCGUUCAGAUUUGGCAUGGUUCAGUUCGGAAUGACAGAUUUCAGACUGACUCCACAUAUAGAUAACCUGGAGGUGGCCAACAGCUUUGCUGUCACUAACUGCUUUUGUUCCCAGUUCUCUCGAGGCGUCUAUGCCAUUUUUGGCUUCUAUGACAAGAAGUCGGUCAACACCAUCACUUCCUUCUGUGAGACGCUCCACGUGUCCUUCAUCACUCCUUCUUUUCCAGUGGAGGGAACCAAUCAGUUUGUUCUUCAAAUGAGGCCAGACAUCAAGGGUCCACUGGUUUCAUUAGUGGAGUACUACAAGUGGGAACGGUUUGCCUAUCUGUACGACAGCGACAGAGAAGUGUUUUACAAGGUGAUCACCAUAGGGAAACAUGUGAAGGGCUACCACUAUAUCAUUGCAAACUUGGGUUUCGUAGAUUGCGACCUGUCUAAAAUCCAAUACGGAGGUGCAAAUGUUUCCGGAUUUCAAAUAGUGGAUUUUGAAGAUCCAGUGGUGGCGAAGCUGGAUCAGCGAUGGGAGGCUUUGGAAGAAAAAGAGUAUCCUGGAGCUGAUGCACGAAUCAGAUACACAUCAGCUCUUACCUAUGAUGCAGUGCACGUGAUGACUGAGGCUUUCCGCUUCCUGCACAAGCAAAGAAUAGACAUGAGUCGUCGAGGUAACAGUGGAGACUGCCUUGCAAACCCAGCAGUUCCAUGGGCGCAGGGGGUGGAGAUCGAACGUGCCCUCAAACAGGUCCGCAUAAAUGGAUUAACUGGAAACAUCCAGUUUGAUCAGUAUGGAAAGAGGAUCAACUACUCUGUAACAAUCAUGGAGCUGAAAAACAACGGACCUGUCAAGAUCGGCUAUUGGAACGAGGUGGACCGGAUGGUGCUGACAAAGUCAGAUCCCAAUGAUACAAUGGGAAUGGAAAACAAGACGGUCAUCGUUACAACUAUUCUGGAAGCUCCCUAUGUGAUGCUAAAGAAGAACGCCGAACUGUUUCAAGACAACGACCAGUACGAAGGUUACUGUGUUGACCUGGCAGCAGAAAUUGCCAAACACUGUGGUAUACGCUAUCAGCUAAAGAUUGUUGGAGAUGGGAAAUACGGAGCAAGAGAUGCUGAGACCAAAAUCUGGAACGGUAUGGUUGGAGAGUUGGUUUAUGGGAAAGCAGAUAUAGCGGUUGCUCCACUAACCAUUACACUUGUUCGUGAAGAGGUUAUUGAUUUCUCCAAACCCUUCAUGUCUCUGGGAAUCUCAAUCAUGAUCAAAAAGCCUCAGAAAUCCAAACCAGGAGUCUUCUCCUUUCUGGACCCCUUGGCCUAUGAGAUCUGGAUGUGCAUCGUCUUUGCCUACAUUGGCGUUAGUGUCGUACUCUUUCUGGUGUCCAGAUUCAGCCCGUAUGAGUGGACCCUUGAAGAACCGGAGGACGGAGCGCUGCCUCUCACAACUGAAUCCAUUAAUGAGUUUGGGAUCUUCAACUCUCUUUGGUUCUCCCUGGGGGCUUUCAUGCGUCAGGGUUGUGACAUCUCACCAAGGUCUCUUUCAGGGCGGAUUGUUGGAGGAGUGUGGUGGUUUUUCACGCUGAUAAUUAUCUCGUCCUACACGGCCAACCUGGCUGCCUUCCUCACCGUAGAAAGAAUGGUUUCUCCCAUUGAGAGCGCAGAGGACCUGGCUAAACAGACGGAGAUAGCCUACGGGACACUGGACUCUGGAUCUACCAAAGAGUUCUUUAGGCGCUCCAAAAUUGCCUUGUUUGACAAGAUGUGGCAGUACAUGAAAUCAGCAGAGCCCUCUGUUUUUGUGAAGAAAACCUCAGAGGGCGUGCAGCGUGUCAGGAAGUCCAAAGGGAAGUAUGCGUACCUGCUAGAGUCCACCAUGAAUGAAUACAUCGAGCAAAGAAAACCCUGUGACACCAUGAAGGUCGGAGGAAACCUGGACUCCAAAGGCUAUGGGAUUGCCACACCCAAAGGAUCUCCAUUAAGAAAUGCGGUGAACCUGGCGGUGUUAAAGCUGAACGAGCAGGGGCUGCUGGACAAACUCAAAAACAAGUGGUGGUAUGACAAGGGAGAAUGCGGCAGCGGAGGAGGGGAGAGCAAGGUUAAUACACACACUCACCUGCGCACACACACACACACACAC